GACACCAGACUGCAGUGUCGGCGAUGCGCUCUCUCCGGGUUUGCCUCUGCACGGUUCUGCUGUCCGUCUCAGUCCAGGGAUAUAACUGGUCGUUCAAUGGUUGGUCAAUGUCCGGCGCUGAUGUGGUCUCUGCGGUGGAAGGAGUCUCCGCUGUGUUACCGUGUACUUUCACCCACCCACCCCUUGACCUCGUCCCUUCCGGCUCCGUGAUCUGGUUCAGGGAGAAACCAGGUGCUAGAAAACCGGUAUUUCGCUGCUCAUAUCCCGGUUCCGGCCGCUCCGGGUGCGAUACAACACUGAAGACUGGAGGAGGAUGGUUCGGAUUCGUGGGGAACCUCAGUCGGAGAGAUGCCUCGAUAAUGGUGCAGCGUCUGAACCGGAGUGACGGUGGUCGGUAUCAGUGCCGGGUGGAGCUCAAUAUUGAUAAAUUUGAAACGGCGGUUCUAACAAAUCUGUCUGUGAGAGCUCCCGGCGAGAGUGUCUCUGUGAUGACUGGAACUGAGGGAGCUUCGGCCACGUUACCCUGUGAGUUCACACGGCCUCCGCAGAGCCUCACCGCACACACGGUGACGUGGAUGAGGAAGGAUCCCUACCGACACAUCGUCACAUUCAGGCGUUAUGAAAAUGGAUCGUGGGAAGCGGAAAACGGAGUGACUCGGUACGAGCUCGUCCGGGACCCAGAGCGGGGAAACGUCUUGAUCAGGAUAAAGCAGCUGAGUGUGGAGGACAGUCACAGAUACCUGUGUCUGGCUGAGUUCAGGAAAAUGAACCAUGAUUAUUCAUCCUACAGAGGCCAAGUCACACCCCCAUUUAUCCAUGUGUUCCAGAGUGAGAUCCAGCUGCAGGUCAGACCAGGGACAGGCGCUUUUGCCGAGCUGAUGUUGUGUAUCCCACUCGGAUUGAAAACUCUCGCCCUUUUAGUGAUGGGCACCGUUCUCUACGGUGACAAACUCAGAAAGCGACGAGACUGAUCCACUGCAGGAGACUGGGAGGACCGGUUUUCCAAACACAAGGGGCAGCUGCCCCUCCGUGUGUGCUCCAUCAGCUACCGCACUCUGGGUGCGGGCAUUUCUGAUCUGAUUUCCAAAUGGCUUUCCGAUUUUCCCUUCUCUGCGUUUUAUGGUUUCAGACCCGCUGACAUUCAGAGUCUGCCUUGUCCUGUUGGAAUUUUAUACGCUUUUAUGAGCUCCUGUUUAUUCCUCUCAAUUCCAGCGACUAUGGGGCCAACUGAUUUAAUCUCUUGUCAGGUAACAGCUCUGUUCCCUCGGGAUCCUAGUAAACCUUCACUGCACUCGCUCCCUGAUAAAUCAUCCCAACUCAGACAAAUUCAAAACUGCACAAACUUCAGAUAGGUUCUCUCUAAGGCCCUGUACAGCUACAGCGGCAUCCUUUCUUCUGUUGUCAGAUCAGCUUGCAUUACGCCACCCUCAAAGAUGGAGGUGUUGAAAUUAUUUCGCCCAUCCAGUUCAUUGUUGUUGACUUUGAGCAACUGGGCAUAAAUACAAUUCCGUCCGGCAUGUUACAUCUUGCCACCUGGGAAAAGACCCGAUUCCUCGUCCACUUUGUUAAUAGAAUCUGACGUUUUAAAUCCAAAGUUCUUUCAGUGGCGCGAAUUGAACCCAACGGUUCAUCACUGACUGGUUCUCUAAAGCGAUGCCACAACCGCGACUCGACUAUGUCACCCGAAAUUUAGGUUGAGCUUGGAGCAGGUUAGAAAGUUGGGUUAACAUCGUGGGUCGACGGAUCUCGAGUGAGCUGUGCUGUUUUAUGUUCUGGAUCUUUUGGUGUGAAGGAAACUGGGUCAUUCGGCAGCUGGUACCUGCUCCCCUCUCAAAUACAAACAUGCCUGAUCAUUUCCUGCAAAUCCUGCAUAUUCCCGUACUUUCCAAGAUAAUCAAAAAUAUAUUUACCUUUGUCCUGUAUAUUCUCAGCUGCUGGGCAAGCAUCCAACCGGAUGGAUUCGUUUGCAAGAAUAUGGCGAGUCCGUAGGCGGCCGAUCGAUCUCACGAGGAUCAAUUGGGCCUCAUCAGCGCGGCUGGUACUUUCUUUCAGGAGUGGGCUUUCAAGUGUGCAUGCGUUUCUUCACACCAAAACGGGUUCGUCUCACCCGCACUGUAAGUUACGCAGAGUGUAUCCAAGUUAACAUCACUCAGUAAAAAUGUUUAAUCACACCACUGUCGUUCUUGCUCUGCAUAUACUAGAGAACAACCACCGUCCAAUUAAUUGAAGAAAUCCACCGGGAACACCAUGUUCCACGUGAAGAAAUGUUAUCUUUCAUUGGCCUCCUCCUGCUUUGACCCUCACACCUGUUGCGGAAUUCUGGGCUAAACGUGCCGAACAUGCAGGACCAGAAAACGAUCGUGGAUGGAGGCCUCAUUAAGGCGGCGGUAAACGCGGCAUGGACGGCAACCACUGUUGGGCUUAGGACAUUGAGUAGGGGUGAGGUCCAAGGGCUGUUCGACCUGGGUACACGCGCUGGUCAUCUUUUCUGGGUCCAGUCUACGCGCACGGACAUGCACCCGUCAGCCAGUUGUGGAAACGUGGUUCUCGACCCAUGCUUUCUGAUUAGAGCGGAAAAGCUGGGCGAGGUGGGGUCUGGAAAUUCACCCAGCAGUAAAGGAAUUCACAUGUGCUGGUGCAUGAGAUAGACAGACUCGUUGUGGGGAACUUACUGGGGGUACAGAGUAACGACCCAAAGUCAUCUGCGUCCACAAGCCAACUCUACAAACAGAAGUCUGCGUGUGUGUGUGGUGGGAGGGGGUGGACUGUUUAAAAAUCGGGGCAAGUUUGUUUUACACAGAAUGGGAUGUGUGGAGUGAGGCAAACUUUGUUGUUGAUCAAAUUCUAAGAAUACUUUGCUCUCUGCUCGGCUUCCUGAUAUUUUCAGUUGUCAGUGUCUGUGUUGUGGCUUAACAGUUCCUCGACCUUCUACAGCAUGUGAAAAAAGUCAGUAUUUCAAGCCCAGUAAGGAAAGAGCAGCACUCCAGGAGGCCCAAACACUGAGGUGUGAGUGACGAACACAAGUGUUGUCUUUGCAGGGUUCGCAGUCAGUCUCAGGCUGGGGUACCAAUAGCUGAUUCAUUCUUCACAUUAAUUUCAUCCCAGUAACUGUAAAGCCCAGAGCCUAUGGCCACAAACUCGGGAAACAUUGAACCAGUCCGAGAUCAGCAGAAAUAACUCGACCUCCUAGUGCGAUGAACUGAGAGAUUUGAGCAGAAAAUUCUUUACACGCCAAUGGAGAACAUACACUGUUGUCUCCAGCUGAGAAGUGGGUGGUCAACAGGAUCGUGCUGACUGGUGGAAGAGAGCUGGGCGACCGAAUGGCCUACACAUGUUAACUGGGGUCAGGCUGGUGGGUGGA